CAGAUGAACGAAAGUGAGAUUUAAAAGGUUGGGACGAAGCUUUCAAAGACAGAGAUGUUCAACCAUUUCGUCUGGAUAACGUUAUUGUUUUUGGAGAAGAAAAAAAAAACGUUACUGUUUUCAACAAGCAACUGUCUUACAAAUAGAAGAAACAAAGAAACAACUUUUAAAGAAUAUGAAAUGGUGAAGAUGUCCUCGAGAACUUGAAGACAAAAUCAACUUGUUGACAGCCAGACAAGUGUGUAACUUGCUUGCUGAUGUUAACAAUGUGAAUACAGAUCGCUUUGCAAUCUAAUGGACCGCAAGGGACCCGUCCGUCACCAAUAGCUGAUAUAUUUCAUACAUUUUGGACCGUGAAAUUACCAGUACUUUAGCUCGUUAGGUAGUUAACUAACUCGGCAGCUGUGAACUGUGAACAGAGCUUUCUGUCUGAGUUAAUAAGAGAGGCAUUAUUUCCCUCAGUAGUUAUGUUUCCGUUAGAUUCGACGUGGAACAUUUCCUUUGCAGGUUGCGGUUUCUUAGGCAUCUAUCAUAUCGGUGUAGCGAGUUGUCUGCAGGAACAGUGUCCGUUUCUAGUGCAUAACGCCCGGCACAUCUACGGGGCAUCAGCUGGGGCGCUCACCGCCACUGCACUGGUCAGCGGAGCUUGUUUAGGUGAGGCAGGUGCCAACAUCAUUGAUGUGGCCAAAGAUGCCCGGAAGCGUUUCCUGGGUCCUAUGCACCCGUCUUUCAACCUGGUCAAGAUCAUGCGUAACAUGCUGUAUAAAACGCUGCCACCCGAUGCCCACCACCGUGCCACAGGGAGGCUGGGCAUAUCACUCACCAGGGUGACGGACGGAGAGAAUGUCUUGGUGUCCCACUUUAACAGCAAGGAGGAACUGGUGCAGGCGUGUGUCUGCAGUGCUUACAUCCCUGUGUACUGUGGACUGAUCCCCCCUACACUGCAGGGUGUGCGUUACGUGGACGGUGGUAUCAGUGAUAAUCUGCCUCAGUAUGAGCUGAAGAACACCAUCACUGUGUCUCCGUUCUCUGGAGAGAGUGACAUCUGCCCUAGAGACCGAUCCACCAACAUGCAUGAACUACGAUUCACCAACACCUCCAUCCAGUUUACACUCACCAACCUCUACAGAGUGUCCAAAGCUCUGUUUCCCCCUGAGCCACAGGUUAUGAAGGCCAUGUGUAAACAGGGGUACAAAGAUGCUCUUCACUUUCUGAAGAAGAACGGACUGUUGAAUCCCCGAGGACCCCACAGACCUCUAAUAGCCGACGGUGAGGAAGAUGACGUCAUCGAGGAUGAUGAUGAUGAUGACGAUGACGAUGAAGAACACGAGGAGCGGCUGGUACAGAACGAGAUCAGACCCAUUGAGAAAGAGUCCGUGGUGGCCCCCUCCGAGUCCAAAUCCAACAUCGAGGAUCAUAUCUUCGAGCACCUGCCACCCAGACUACACAAAGCUCUGGUGGAAGCCUGCAAGGAGAGAUACAGUCUGGGCCAGUCGCUAAGCAACCUGCUGCCAGUCAGGAUGGCGACGGCUAUGAUGCUUCCAUACACCUUUCCCCUGGAGUCUGCUCUGUCUAUGACUGUUAGACUGUUAGAGUGGCUGCCUGAUGUUCAUGAGGAUGUGGGUUGGAUCAGGGAGCAGGUCGUUAAGGUGUUGCAGUGUGCUGUGAGCCGGGCCACCAAGACUGUCUCCAACCACGUCUCUGCAAACUGUUACUACCAGUUGGAGCUGCGUCACUGCCAGUCCCUGCCUGCCCAACUCAACCCUGCCAGACUGCUCCCUAGCUGGGCGAGUGGAGGCAGCUCCUCUGUCCUGGAUGUUAUCAGUCGUCUGGACCAGUACCAGAGGCAGCUGCUGCCGGGCUCCUUCUGUGUCAACCUGGACCUCCACGGCGCCUUAUACACCAGGGGGACCCCAGGCCCAGGAAGAUGCCCCGAAGCUGGGGAAGGAAGUCCAGGACCAGCCCUGGCCCCUAUAGACCCAGAGGACGUCGAGGGGAUGGGGCUGAUGAUGAGGAGGCUCAAUGAAAACCACAACUCUACUCCAGCCUCACUCUAACAUUAUAAUGUAUCCCUAAAGAAAAGGACGAGGGUGGACUGUGAAUUAGGGCGUGUCCAGAGGGUAAAUGAGGGCGUGCCCAGAGGGUAAAUUAGUGCGUGUCCAGAGUGUAAAUGAGGGCGUGUCCAGAGGGUAAAUUAGGGCGUGUCCAGAGGGUAAAUGAGGGCGUGUCCCGAGGGUAAAUGGGGGCGUGUCCAGAGUGUAAAUGAGGGCGUGUCCAGAGGGUAAAUUAGGGCGCGUCCAGAGGGUAAAUUAGGGCGUGUCCAGAGGGUACAUGAGAGCGUGUCCAGAGGGUACACUGAGCCAAACCCACGUUCAGUACACCGAACCAAACCCACGUUCAGUACACUGAGCCAAACCCACGUUCAGUACACCGAGCCAAACCCACAUUCAGUACCCCGAGCCAAACCCACGUUCAGUACACCGAGCCAAACCCACAUUCAGUACACCGAGCCAAACCCACAUUCAGUACACCGAGCCAAACCCACAUUCAGUACACCGAGCCAAACCCACGUUCAGUACACCGAGCCAAACCCACGUUCAGUACACCGAGCCAAACCCACGUUCAGUACCCCGAGCCAAACCCGCGUUCAGUACCCCGAGUGCAUAUAUUUAAUUGUACGUGACCCCAGUGGGAACCAAAGCCACGAUGACACUGGCGUCGCUGACACCACACGGUUACUAUUAUUAUCAGUAUUAUCUUAAAACUACAUUGUUGGUCAGAAGGACAUUUUCACUGUGAGGUUCUACACCUGUUGUCUUCAAGCACAUGUGACAAAUACAAUUUGGUUUGAUUUGUCGACUGAGCCACACUGGAUCUCUAGGAGCUGUUGGUAGCUAUUAGGGCCCUAGUGGAAUGUCUAUUAGGAUCGCAGACUGUCGACGCCUAGGAACCUACAGGGACCUUCGACAACAUGUCACCGAUCUGCAGAAUCUCGUCUGCAGAACACAGCACCUUAGAAUGACAUGUAACUUCUUUUCAUUGAGUUGUUAUCCGUCCUCAGACUCUGAUCACAAGUCCGUCAGCUCGUCGUUACACAGUGCCUCACAGUGCUUUGACAUUCAGUACCAGUCAAAAGUUUAGACACAACUACUCAUUCCAGGGUUUUUCUUUAUUUGUUUUACUAUUGUCUACAUUGUAGAAAAAUAGUGAAG